AAACACCAGUAGAGGAAGAAUACAUCACGUAGACAGAUGUUAGUGCUAAACGGUUUAAUAUUAAUCGAAUUACAUUAAUAAGAUCACAUUGAUAAAAUGUCUUAAUGUUUGACGCCAUCACUAACUGAUAUAUAUAUAUCGUUAAAGUGACUGUUUAUCGACCGAGCGUUGAUCGUCUGAAUGAAUGAAGACAGUUUGAUCAUCAUUAAACACAGAUAAUGUUCACAGACAUGGACUAUGAGCUGGAGGAGGACAAACUUGGAAUUCCCACAGUUCCUGGGACAGUGACUCUGAAGAAAGACUCCCAGAACCUGAUAGGGAUCAGCAUUGGUGGAGGAGCUCAGUUCUGUCCCUGCCUCUACAUCGUGCAGGUGUUUGAUAACACUGCUGCCGCUCUGGACGGGACUCUGGCUGCCGGUGAUGAGAUCACAGGAGUGAACGGCAAACCGGUGAAGGGGAAAACUAAAGUAGAGGUGGCCAAGAUGAUCCAGGCUGUGCAGGGUGAAGUGGUGAUCCAAUAUAAUAAGCUGCAAGCUGACCCGAAGCAGGGCAAAUCUCUGGAUAUCGUGCUGAAGAAGGUGAAGCAUCGUCUAGUGGAGAACAUGAGUUCAGGAACUGCAGACGCUCUGGGACUCAGCAGAGCCAUCCUGUGCAACGACGGUCUAGUAAAGAGGCUGGAGGAGCUGGAGAAAACCGCUGAACUCUAUAAAGGAUUGAUGGAGCACACCAAGAGGCUGUUAAGAGCUUUCUACGAGCUCUCGCAGACACACAGAGCAUUUGGCGAUGUGUUUUCCGUCAUCGGUGUUCGUGAGCCGCAGGCCGCCGCCAGCGAAGCCUUCGUGAAGUUUGCGGAAGCUCAUAGAAACAUGGAGAAGUUCGGGAUUCAGCUGCUGAAGACCAUCAAACCUAUGCUGCACGAUCUGAACACAUAUCUUCAUAAAGCCAUUCCAGACACCAAACUCACCAUCCGCAAAUACCUGGACGUCAAGUUUGAGUACUUGUCGUACUGUCUGAAGGUGAAGGAGAUGGAUGAUGAAGAGUACAGCUGCAUCGCUCUGGGUGACCCGCUGUACCGCGUCAGCACCGGAAACUACGAGUAUCGCCUGGUUCUUCGAUGUCGUCAGGAAGCUCGAGCGCGAUUCGCCAAGAUGCGCAAAGACGUUCUGGAGAAAAUCGAACUGCUGGACCAGAAACACGUUCAGGACAUCGUGUUCCAGCUUCAGCGAUUCGUCUCGGGGAUGUCGCAUUAUUACGACGACUGCUAUGCCGUGCUGAAAGACGCAGACGUGUUUCCCAUUGAGGUGGAUCUGUCCAGAACCAUGAUCAACUACAGCGGACAGAGCCUGACGUAUGAGGACGAGGAUGAGGAGGAGAGCAGCAGAGCCCAAAGCCAGCAGCAGGAGGAGAACGGAGCUGAGAAGCUCAUAGACGACCAGUGAGUGAAUGAACGAAUCAUCUGAGGAGUAAACCAUUCAAUGAACGAAAGCGAAUCAUGUCAUUUCAGGAGGAGAAAUGAGCCUCUGCAUAAUCAUAUUCACUCACAUAUAAUACACUAUUAAUUCAUCCAUCAUAUACAAUGUUCAGAUUAUAUACUGAUGAACCACACUUUUAUUCAAAACACUGAUCAGACUCAAAAGAUUCAGUCACAGAGUAAAUGAUUCAGCAUACUUUGUGUUUGUUUUUGGGUUUGGAUUUAAGUUACUAAAUGAUUAUUAGUAACGUUUUUGCACUUUUUUUGUGUUUAAAAACAUUUCCAGUAAAACUCGUUGAUGAUCAGUGAGUGUAUGAAUGAACUAAUGAAUCAUCUGAGGAUUAAAUGAAUCAGUGAACGAAA